AUGGCAGCUAACUACGACUGGCAGGCUGUCCACCCAGUCUACGGGGUACCCAUUUCGGUCGUGGAAGCCACCGAGCAGCCCAUAAUCCGCUGCGACGUUCGCCAAAAGCACAAUCUCCCUUCUAGAUCAUGGGCGGUUUGUAUUUCUACAUGGAUCAACACUAACUAUUUCCUAUGGUCUUUGUGCUCUGGUCUCGCCAGCUAUCGCUCCGACGAGGAGUGGACGAAUACCUUCGAGGCCCGUUAUCGGAAGACCUGGGAUGAAAUCCAGGCUAGAGUCCAGGAGAUUGAUGGCCCUUAUAGGUUCGGUGUACCCAUUCCGAUUCCCCCAGUUAUGAAGGCUGUAGUCAUCCACCAUCCCGAGAGUGGCCCUGCGGAGACAUUCACUGUUCGCCCGGAGGCUCGCCCGUCUUAUCUUAUCCCCCAGGUAACUAGUAUGCCUGGGGAUGCUGUAUGGGGUCUCCUGCGCUUUGUGACUGAACGUCAGUCCUCUGUUCCUGAUCAAUUUGACGUAGUGCUCGAUAUUUCGCCGCCGGCGCCGUCCCACCCUGUAGGUGCACAGAUUGACCAGAGCGUAGCUGAAGGCGAGUCAGAGGAUGACGUGGUCGACAUAUACUACUAUUUUGGAAAUUGA